CCUAUUAUACACAUCCGCCAUUUUGACCUCCGAAAUGUCGCUGCUUAGAUCAUUUUCCCGUUUACCAACAAGAGGAAUUAGCCAAUCUUUUCGUGUUUUAUCUUCGCAACACGUAACUAAGAGAAAUUAUGCCGAUAUGUCAUUUACGCUGUCAUCACCCGCUCAGGUGGUAUAUGAAAACGCUAACGUGAAGCAAAUUGAUGUACCAUCAUUUUCUGGUAGCUUUGGAAUUUUACCCCAGCACGUACCUAUUUUGGCCGCAAUUAAACCAGGUGUUUUGACAGUGUAUGAGGAGAGCGGAUCCACAAAGAAGUUUUUCGUCAGCUCUGGAUCAGUAAGCGUCAAUGAAGAUUCUUCUGUCCAAGUUUUGGCUGAGGAAUUGGCAGAAAUUUCGGAGUUAGAUUCAGCAGCCAUUCGUGAUGGUCUGAAUCAAGCAACACAAAAACUGCAAUCCGCAAGCGGCGAAACCGCUAAGGCAGAAGCCCAAAUAGCUGUCGAGUGCUACGAAGCUCUACAAAAAGCCUUAGAUUAA